GUUUCCUCAUGAACCGUGUAUAUCUUGAUCAAAUGGACGUCUGUCGGGUAGCCUUCAUUCUACAUUCUAACCAGUGAUGCAGUAGGCAUAGCCCAAACCUUGAAGGACUCCAACGUGGUCAUGCAACCGAACGAUUCGGAGCUUCCUGGCUAUACAUCAUAUAGGGCAAAUCGCGUGGAAUUCUCCGAUCAAACAUGUCAGCUAGAGGACGGCAAAGGUCGACCGUGGAUUUGGCUCACGAUACGGAGUCGGACACGGGAUCGAGCACGGCUCCCGCUGUUUUGUGAGGGGGACAAGAUUGAAGGUUCGGUGGAAGUUGACUUUGAUAAAACCAGCGGUGCUAAAGGCGUCUCAGUUGCUGUAACGGGAAGUGUGACUGAGGUCGGGCAGGAAGAGUUCAAAUUCUUGCAACUGCACGAAGCGUUGUGGACAAGGGAAGCUUCGACAGCCCCCAAGGACAAACACCGAUGGCCGUUCUCCAUACCGCUCCCUGAUAAGGUCCCCGUGCAGAAUGAAUCAUAUGCUUUGCCACCCAGUUUCUCUGAAAGAGGAAGUCCCGUGUAUGUGGACUACAGAGUAACGGUCGCUGUCCGUCGCGGCGGUCUCAGAGUCAAUCACACAUUGGCAUCAGUUCUUGUCUAUAUGUCUACUUCGUAUGCCCCCAUGCCUUCUCAACUUCGUCAACUCGCGUACAGCGAGGGUGCAAUGAUAAUUGGACCAGAGGGCGAUCCGGAAGGAUGGAAAACCCUCCAGCCGCUUCGAAUAUCGGGGACGCUGUUCAAUACAAAACCUGUAACGGUGGAAUGCACACUUGCUAUUUCAAGUCCGGUCGCUUUUGCGGCGGGUUCACCAAUACCUCUCUUUAUGACCUUCUCAUCAGUUGACGAACAGGCCCUGGAUUUACUUUCGACACCUUCAUCUAUAAAGAUACACCUUAUUCGAGAACGCCUCGUCGGCUCAUCAGCCAACAAAGGAAAAGGACAGACCGAUCGUACCUUCCGAGAACCAAUCAGCGCUGCUUUCUUCUGGUCACCCUCCGAAGCUUCUCCCGAGAAAGGAAAACGUGUGCUACAAGGUGAACUUGAAGUGAAGAAGGGUACUACGCCUUCGUUCACGUUCCACGGUUUUCUCUGAACUAUACUAUAUGCCUGUUUCCAUUCGAAGUCCCCGGUUUCCAGCCAGAUUCUUCUGAUUCGAUUCCGUUGAUGAAGGAAAGUGUGACGAUCCACACCGCCAACCAGGCUGGCGUCACACCUCGCUCUUUCGCUCCACCCGGGUACGAAAGACCAAAGCAAGCAGAUUACAAUAACGCUGUCGGGUAUCUGGAGAAUGGAAAUCAAAGGUGAGCCAUCAGUCUACGUGGAUUUUCCAUCAAACAAGCUAAUCUCCAGACAGAUUCUACCAUCACGCAGCCUUUGGGUAAGAUGUCGGGUUCGUGGUCCAUGUUCAAGUUGUGUUCGACUAUUCCCGUAUGUCAUCCGCCUACAUUCAGCAACAAAAGGCUCUCAAAUGUGUCGUCCGAUUUCCUCGCUGAAGUUCCCCAUGCACCAACACCUCCUAAUAGAUCCUCAUCAUUCUC